CCGAAACUUUUGAAAUUUUUGAUUAAAAUGCUUUUAUCUGUUUUAAACGUAGUUUGCUUUUGGUAGUUCCCCUUUAUUUAUUGUGUUUAAAUGCCUAAAAGAUUAUUUCAGUUUUUAUAUUGAUUAUGAAAGAAAACGAUGGAUUGAUGCCCAUUUACAAGUUAAUUUUUAAAUUAUAGUAACAAUGUCUAAUUAUAAUGGAGCUCGAAGAAAAACAACUGUUGGAAACCGCAGCGCCAACUUACAGUCUGAGACUGGUGUAAAAAGCAAGAAAUAUUUUGAUCAGAAUAAUGGAGGUGAUGGUUGGCAUAAUGCAGGCAGAAGGCCUUUGAGAUCCAGCAGUGAUGAUGGUUGGGGUGAAAUCAGCAGACGACCUUCUAAUUACACAAGCGAUGAUCUUUGGGGUCCUCUACCUAGUCCACCAGCAGCUACAGAGAAUGCAUGGGAAAAGAGAGGUUCUAGGAAGAACCAGAAGUCUCACACAAAUCAAGGAAAGAAAUCAGUUCCUUUAGUUGGGCCCAACUUUUCAUGGGAUGAUGAAUAUCCUGCUUUAGAGAGCAGACCACCUGUAGAAAAUGUUUGGGAAAAAAGAAAGGAAAAAUUGGAGGGUAGAAAAGCUAUGGAACCUACUAACCAAACAGAAGAAGAGCUUAUGAUUCAAAAGGCAAUUGAGUUGAGUAAACUUGAAGCAAAGGAGGAAGAAGAAAGAAGAAGGCAUAUUGAGGAAGAAUACGAGCUUCAAAAUGUAAUUUUAGCUACAAAUCCUCAGCUUUUCUCUGACUUCUUGACUCCUGAUGAAUUAUCUGAAGCAAAUAAAUUUUUGGAACCUGAAACAGCAGAUUAUGAGUCUAAUGAUUUGGCAAAUGGUUAUGAAGAAAAGGAGUCUUCUUGGAAUUACCCAGAACCUGCAGAAAAAACCCAGAAGCAAACUAUGAAAGCUGAAGCAAAUAAAUUUUUGGAACCUGAAGCAGCAGAAUAUAACUCUAAUGAUUUGGCAAAUGGUUAUGAAGAAAAGGAGUCUCUUUGGAAUUACGAACCUGUUGAAAGUCCUCAGAAGCAAAUUGUGAAAGCUGGCAAGAAACGAAAUAAAGUUCAAUCAACCACACAUGUGCAAGAUGAAAUAACUACCCAAAAUGCAUGGUCAGAUAGCCAGAAAUUUGAUUGUAAUAAACAAAAUGAAUCCAUCCUUUCAGAACAAGCAGAAUAUCAAGACAUUCAAGAUAACUGGUCACAAAAUUCUGCCUGCAAAAGUUAUUGUGAUAAAGGAGAAGAAAAUGAAUCUCGAUUUGUGAAUGAGGGUUCUGAUUAUCCUUCGACAGAAAUGACAUCAACUAUACCAGAGGCUGGUGAUGAAAGCAAAAUGCAUAAAGGUCCUCAAUCCAAAAUCUCAAAAGUCAUUGAUAUGUUUGGUGGCUGGGGCUCAAAGAAUAUCCAGAAUUCCAGUCUGAAGUCUUCAUUUAAAGAGGAAAGAUUUGACUCUUAUGAUAAUCAUUCUUCUGCUGAUAACAAAGAAAUAUUUCAAGAUGAUUGGGAAAAAACCAAAGAAAUAUCCGAGCUUAAUGAAAAUGUGCAAUUUUCUCAAUAUUCUUCAAAGCACAAAGAAGUUGAAAAUCUUUCUAUAAAUGAAAAAGGUCAUCCACCAUUUGAUGAAGAGGAGUCUUGGAAUAACAAAUAUUCCUCAAAUGAUGAGCAGCAGUAUAACAAUGAAUUGAAGCAUUCAUUGUAUAGUCAUGUAGAAAGCAAUAUUGCUGCAUCAUCUUCUUUUUGGAAUGCUGCUACAAACUCUUCAGACACGGAUGCUUCAUACUUGUCUAAGAAGUCUGUUCCUAAAGAUGACGACAUUAUGAACAGUAUUGUUCAGGAUUAUGCUAAUCUUGCUGUUAAAUGUGCAGAUACAUAUACUAAAGAAAAUACUUCUGCCCAAAGAAAACCUUCCGAUUUAUUUAACAGUGUAGUAAACUUAUUAAAUGAAGAUAAUUUGAAAUCAGAUUUAAUUGAUUUACAUCAUUCAAAAGUAAGCGAGUCUGAAAAUUUAUCCGAUCAAACAGCUGAAAACGAAAUUAUAUAUGCAUUGAAUAAUGCUGCUCCAACUGAAUUUUCAGCCAAAGCUCCAAAAGAAAAUAUUAGUGGAUCUUGGAAUGAUUCUAAAAUUGAUUUUCCUACAAAUUCUAAAAGAAAUGACCUUAAUAAUGGCUUAUUUUUACCUAAUAUUAAUGAUUCACAAGAUAUCCAUAAUGAUUUGGAAAGCAAUUCUGCAGAUUCAAUAUUACCACCGCCAAUUCAACAGGAAAUGAAUUUUCCAUAUCAAUCUAAUCCAGUAAUGUCUAACUUUAUGAAUCCCAAUUUGAUGAUGGGUAUGAAUCCUUUAAUGAUGCAACAGCAGAUAAUGAUGCUGAACAAUCCUUUCUUCCUUCAACAAUUACACCAAAUGGAAAUGUAUUACAGAGCUAUGAGCAUGCCCUUUACUUCACCUUUAAUUCAUCCUAUGCAAACACCACCUUUUAAUCCUGCGUUAAACAAUCUCAUGGGCAGCUGUUUUAAUGGUGAACCUAACAGUUAUAUGAAUUUAGUUCCUGAGCAAAGUGUGGAGAGCAAUCCAUCAAUACCUCCACCAUCUCAUGAUUUUGAAAAUGGAAGUCAGAGAAGCAUGCACGCAAUAGCAUCUGAUGCCCCAAGUGUUGAAUUUGAGAAUUCCUGGCUCACCGAUCUUAUAUCAGAAGGUGCUGCACAUAUGGAUUCUUACAUUCCUCCUCCUACAAUGCCUGUUACUAAUCCUUCUGAAAAUCCACAAUCUGCACCAAAUGUAGAGAAUAAGGUAGGCACACAUAUUGCUGAAGAUAUUUCACAAAAUGCGUAUGGGAAAGGAGCCAUUCCACGAAACUCCAACUGUGAUAUGAAAGGUCUAAAGCAAGAAAGUUCUGUCUUGAAGUAUGGCAGAACAGAUGUUAAUACUAUUGCAGCAAAUGUUAACUCUGUUAAUAUUCCCAAAUCAUCAGUACCAUAUGCAGGUGAAGCUUCAGGAUGGGGCAACAUUGUUGAUAUGCCUAACAAGAGUAACAGUUCCUGCAAUGAUGAUAUGGAUGAUUGGGCAGAUGAAAAAGUGACCGCUUCUAAGUCAAUGAUCAGAUCAUCGAUUUAUGCUUCACACAAGCAAGCCAAUACUCGUCAGCCAGUUCGUCAACCACGACAGGACUCCCAGUGGCGAUAAAAUGUUUUUGAUGUUUCCUAGUAUGGUAAAAUGUUACUUUUGUUGGGGAUUAUUGCAAAUUUUUGAUGAUCUGAUAAUGUAUUUAAAAUUCAUUUCUGUUCGUAUUUUAGCGUAUUUGUUUUUGUAUGUUGUUAGUUUUUUUGUCAAUGUUUCUUCACAAUUGAUUGUUUGAAAUGCUUACAUAACUGAAGGCAAAUGUUAUAUUUAGUUUUUAAAAUAGGUUAAUCAAUAUAUAAGUUAUUACUUUUUAUAAAGAAAAUUACUUCAUACAGUAAAAAUACUAUUAAGAUACAAAAAAAAAGUAGUUGUGAAUAGAGUUUACCAAUUUUUAAAGUAGUGGUAGAAAUAUAUAUAUUUAAAAUAAUAACUACAAAUUGUUAAAAUAAUUAAAUCUAUACUUUUUAAAUUUAGAGUUGUUAAAACUAUGGCAGAAUGUGCCACUGCCUAAGUGAAUGUUAAAAGUAGAUUUUUUAAAAGGAAAACUGAGAAAGACAAUUUGAUUUUUGCUGCUUUUGCUUUUUUAAAUUGUAAAAUAGUUAUUUUAUUUAUGAGUAAAUAUUAUUUGAAAUCUUGCCUGCAAUAAAUUAAAUUUGUUUUUAUUCUAAAUUUGCAAUCAGAUUGCUCAGUGAAAUUUCUAUCAGUACAACCUAAAUUGAUGAAAUGUUUUUAUUUAUUUCUAUUGUUAAGCUGGUAUAAAUGAUUUUUAAUCUAUUAAAUAACAUCUGCCUGAAGUUAAUAGAAAUCGUAAUUUAAAGUUUUUUCUGGUGCUAAAUGUAAUCCAUGUAUUGUUGUGAUAAACUUUGAUGUUAUUGAUGUAUCACUAUAAAUGUUGACUUUCAAUGAUUUUUAUUUGUUGGACCAAUAUGCUUUUUAUCUUGAAGUCAUUCUUUGAUGAGCUUUAUAAGGACUUAAUGUCAUAGUUGACAUAUUAGAAGUAAAAAAUGUUUUUACUGUUAAUGUUAAAUAUACAAAAUUAUGUACAUAAUCAUGAGUAAUAGCAAAUGAUGGAACAUUUAGAUUGUUGUAAUAUUUGCUAUAAUUAAAUAUAUUAAGGACUAAGUAAAUUUUUGCAUAUCCUAAAAAUAAAAACUAUUGUUGAUUUGUGAAAUGAAUCAUUCCAUUAAUUUUUUAUGUGACAGAUAAAAAGCACAUUUGUCUUAACAUUUCAUAGUAUAUAUAGAUGUGAAAUACCUUUUCUAAAAAAGCAAUUUGUGAUACCUAAAUAUUUCAUUUGGUAUUGUAAAUACAUAUUAAGUUUUUUAAUUUAGUAUAUUGAGAAAACAUUUCCAGAGCUUCUAGAAAAGGAAAUUGGAGAUAUAAUUCAAGAGUUGUUAAUCUUUCUAUUGCAUAAAUAAAAAGAAUAUUUGUUGCCAUGGAAUGUAACUACAUUAAUAUGCGGAUGUAGUCCUUUAUAAUUUGUAAAGUUACAGAAUAUAAAUGUGUGAUAAUAUUUAAAAUAAUUUGGAAGGAUAUAAAAAAAACCAUUAUAAUUUUUUUAUUGUAAAAUUGUAUUUUAUAAUUUUCUGUAAGAUUCAUUUCAUUUCAACCCCUUUAAUGAGAUUUAUUCAAGAAUAAAUAUGUUGUGCUUAAAAAAUAUGCUGCAUUU